GAAUAACGCGGGGCUGGAGGAACAAUUGGAAAAUGGAUAAGAUAAUACAACAAAAGGAUGAUCAAAUUAUGAAGCUGCAGGCCCAAUUAUUGGAACAACACAAAAUAUUAGAUAACAGCAAAGCUAAGGAUGCUCAAAUUUUGAGUCUACAAGCUCAGCCAGGGGAAAAGAACAAAUUGGAACGGAACAGUUUCCAAACAGUGAAGGAGGUUUUUCCAAACUCAUCCCUAACUGAACAUGAGGAUGAAUUGGCAUUAGGCGAACACAGUCAGUUAUUCAGUCCACCACCUUACAGUGUGUUAAAGUUAAAUUCUGUUAGUGCUGCACUAAAAGAAUUGUUAGUAAUAAGUCCAUGCAGCGAAGGAAGUGAAGAAUUGUUGGACCGUAUUUGGGCCGAAUAUGGGUGUGGUACGGAAACCCAGAAAUGGCAUGAGUUCAACAUAAAACAUGGAUUAGAAUUUUAGCGGGGGUUCAAGUAAAACCUGGAAGUGUGACAGGAUUGAAGAGUGAGCCUACAGUUGAAAAACACUGAAAGUGCAUUACGAUUAAGGUAUGAGCUGCUUCUCUUGCUUAAGAACAACUUGUCCUUUACGUUCAGAGUGUUGGUGAAGCUGGGUACUUAAAUGGCUCUAAAGAUGUUUCACUUUGCUGGCAUUGCAGCGAUGAACAUCAUACAUGGACUCUUUAGGAAAGGAUUUUCAGCAUACUGGGAACACAACUAUCAACAAUGCAACAUUCUAGGGGUGCUAUUUUAUCAUUCAAGAGCCUUAUACAAUGAUUUUCAUCUGCAAUUUGUAUGGCCUUUCCCAAGCUUCUGCCAGAAUUUGAAUC